AUGGAAAGAUUCCAGUCUUCCAUGCGCAAACGGCUCUACAGCCUGCCGCAAAACAUUGGGCAAAAACCUUUCGUGAUUGACGAAGGAGACGGCGGCGACAAGGACACCAAGAGGAAAAGUAUCCGGCUAAAACAUUUGUCCCCUCCGUCUCCUGCGAGCAGUUGCAGGAGCAUCGAGGAGGCCAGGAGCGAGGACUUGGACAGGGACGUUGUUGUGAAGACCAACUUGAACGGGGACUGUCGCCUGUUCAGGGGCAGCAUCUCCUCCAUCACCGGGCGGCAUCCACCCGGGUCGGACCCGGCGGAGCAGCGGCGCCUCAUCCCCGAGGCUGACGCGGGAGUCAGCGAGACUUUCCCCGGUGAGCACGGCCCCGGGGCCCAGCAGCGGGCAGCGGGGGGGCUGAGCGGCGCAGGUGAGCAGGGAUCCGUGUUCGACCAGUCAAGUUUCAUCAAGUUGGAGGGCAGCGAGCAGAUCAUACCUGAGGACGACCGUCUGUACCAAGCCGGCUUCAUGCACCGGCAGUUUGGAGCCAUGCUCCAGCCGGGAGUCAACAAGUUCUCCCUGCGGAUGUUGGGCAGCGAGAGGGCCGUGGAGCACGAGAGGGAGCGAGUAAAGUCUGCUGGCUUCUGGAUAAUCCACCCCUACAGUGAUUUUAGGUUCUACUGGGAUCUGACCAUGCUGCUGCUGAUGGUGGGAAACCUCAUCAUCAUCCCUGUGGGCAUCACCUUCUUCAAGGACGAGCACACGCCGCCCUGGAUUGUCUUCAAUGUGGUCUCGGACACCUUCUUCCUCAUGGACCUGGUCCUCAACUUCCGCACAGGAAUUGUCAAGGAGGACAACACAGAGAUCAUCCUGGACCCGCAGCAGAUCAAGAUCAAGUACCUGAAGACCUGGUUUGUGGUGGAUUUCAUCUCCUCCAUACCUGUGGACUACAUCUUCCUCAUCGUAGAGACACGCAUCAACUCGGACUUUUACAAGACGGCCCGAGCCCUGAGGAUCGUCCGCUUCACCAAGAUCCUCAGUCUGCUGCGGCUGCUACGCCUCUCCAGACUCAUCCGCUACAUCCACCAGUGGGAAGAGGUUUUCCAUAUGACUUAUGAUCUGGCCAGUGCCAUGGUUCGCAUCAUGAACCUGAUUGGUAUGAUGCUGCUGCUGUGUCACUGGGACGGCUGUCUGCAGUUCCUGGUCCCCAUGCUGCAGGACUUCCCUGCUGACUGCUGGGUCACCAGAAACAAGAUGGUGAACGACACCUGGGGUCAGCAGUACUCCUACGCCCUUUUCAAAGCCAUGAGUCACAUGCUGUGCAUCGGCUACGGCCUGUACCCUCCCAUCGGCAUGGCUGACGUGUGGCUCACCAUCCUCAGCAUGAUUGUGGGCGCUACCUGCUUCGCCAUGUUUGUGGGUCAUGCAACUGCACUCAUUCAGUCUCUGGACUCCUCCAGGAGGCAGUACCAAGAAAAGUAUAAGCAGGUGGAGCAGUACAUGUCCUUCCACAAGCUCCCUGCCGAUAUGCGCCAGAGAAUCCACGACUACUACGAGCACCGUUACCAGGGCAAGAUGUUUGACGAGGAGAGCAUCCUGGAGGAGCUGAACGAGCCGCUGCGAGAGGAGAUCAUCAACUUUAACUGUCGUAAACUGGUGGCCUCCAUGCCUCUGUUCGCCAACGCUGAUCCGAACUUUGUCACCUCCAUGUUGACCAAGCUGCGCUUCGAGGUCUUCCAGCCGGGCGACUACAUCAUCCGAGAGGGAACCAUCGGCAAGAAGAUGUACUUCAUCCAGCACGGCGUCGUCAGUGUCCUGACUAAGAGCAGCAAAGACACCAAACUGUCCGACGGCUCUUAUUUUGGAGAGAUCUGCCUGCUGACACGAGGCAGGAGGACAGCCAGCGUGCGAGCAGAUAACUACUGUCGGCUUUACUCUCUGUCGGUGGACAACUUCAACGAGGUGCUGGAGGAGUAUCCGAUGAUGAGGAGGGCCUUCGAGACUGUGGCUCUGGACCGCCUGGACCGCAUUGGGAAGAGGAACUCUGUUCUUCAGCAUAAAGUGCAGCAUCACCAAAGUUCUGGCACUCUGAACUUCCAAGAGAGCGAAAUCAUCCAAAGAAUAGUGCAACAUGACCGCGACAUGGCCCAGUGCACGCAGCUGAUCCAGACCAGCCUCAACCCUUCCCCUGCUCCCCCAUCACCCACCCCGGUCAUCUGGGCUCCAUUGGUUCAGGCCCCGCUCCAGGCUGCUGCUGCCACCACCCCACUGGCUCUGGCCUUAGCCCACCAGUCCCAGCUGCCUCCGAUCCUCUUCCACCAUCCUCUGGCACCAGGCGCCCUGAAGGAGCCCUCCACCACUAGCCAUCCAAAGAAAGUCCAUGUUGGAGCGACAAUGUCCGGCAGCUGUGGUUCAGGGCACGGUUCUCCUGCCAGCGCCACCAAAUUCAGAUCUGGGGUUGAGACUCCCACCCUGGCGUCCCUCAGGACACACCAUUACUCUGCUGGGUCAGUGUCACCCACCCUGAUGUCUCAGCCCAUCUUCACGAGCAGCCUGCAGCCUCUGGGGCCACUGCCCUCACACCAGCCCCCUCCCCAUCAUCCGCCUUCCAGCAUGGCAUCAGCCUUCCCCAUCAGCCAGGCCACUGUGUCCUAUACCUGCUCUGCUCAGCUCCACUCUCAACCCUUCCACGGUGCUAUGACCACCCCACCACACCCAAUAGGUUUACUCCAGCAGGGGGUGCCAGGGAGGCUAGUAGGGAGAUUCCCAGCCCCCUCCGCCUCAGCCAUAAGCCCUCUGAUCUCCAGCUCAGUCGGCCCCAUCCUAAGCCAGCUGCAGCAGACCUCUCACGCCACCAUGCAGCAACAGAUGGGGUUCAGUCAUGACAGAGCAAGCAGGACAAUCAGUGGUCUGAACCUCCCACGUUUCCCCUUCAUCACCAGCACCCAGUCGUCCAGUGGAUGUUCUCAGCCGGGGUCUGCAGUCGGAGCUGGGGCCGCAGCCUCCCUGGCACAGCAUAGUCUUGCAGGUCUCCAUUCUGUUUUCCUCCCCCAGGUCCUCCCCGAGCACUCGGCCCUUGCCUCUCUGGCCCAAUAUGGCUCUGCCGAGGUCUCGCCCUGCUACACGCCUCCAGUUCACAGUCCCAGCAAACAGAGCCCUGUGAGGGGAAGGACAGUUUACCACAGUGAGCUCCCCUGCACCGUGGGCUCUCACAGCCCUCUAAUGCCCCAAACUUCGUGCCCCACCAGGAUGACCUGUACCCUCAAAGAGAGGGCCGAGUCCUCGCUGGAUCUCUUUACCCAGGAAAUAAAGACUAUCUCAGGCUCGCACAGCUCUAUACACCGGGAACGGCCUUUGGCCAUGAGUGGCUCCUCAGAGGGGGCGGUGGGGGCAUCGAGCCCUCUCUCCUCCCCCAUGGCUGUCAGUAAACCCUACAGCCCGAUCCCGGGUCAAGCCACCCCUGUCAGUCGGACACAUUCAGGGCCCGAACCUCAGAACCAGUCCGUAGGUGUCCGCUCUCCCCUCACUAGAUCGCCUGCUAAGAUGUUAGAGACCGAACACAAACAGUCCAAACUUCCAUCCAACUUGUGAGGUUCAGACACACCCUCCUUCAACGCCUGAACAACCGAGAGAUCGUCUCCUUCUUGGCAUCGAGUAAACCACAAUCAAAUUUUAAAGUAGGAGGGUGUGUUACUCUAAUCAGAUUGGAGAUCUGUGGUUUCAUUUUUAAUCAAUGAAUGGAUUGUGGAUAAAAAUGGACAAUGGUGGAUAUUUUUUCUACAGGAUGUUGCAUCUUUGAAUAUAGUAAUAAAUCCAAAACCUAUUGAUGGGUAUAUAUAGCACCUCAUGAAAAUAUCAAUCGUUCUAUGUAUUGUAUUAUAACCACACUCUGUGAUUUGUUACCAGUAUUUGUUUGAACCCCACUGUCCAGGCAGUUUUAUGUAACUUUUUAGUGACACCCGUUUAGUUUAACAUCCGUCCACAAGUUAUGAUUGAAACCAAAAACCAUCGUCCUAUUUUCGGAAAAAUCUUUUCCCCCCACUUGAGUGUGUCGUGUGAAUGCAAGGUUACCCCUGAAGAGAUUAGAGGAGAGACAGACUGUGCACUUUGCUCGUUUCAGAGAUCACCUGACCAAAUGGUUUGAUGACGCCAUGUCUUCCAAGAUAGCGUUUCAGCAAUAUUGCACACCUGAAUGGGUCACACAAAUCAGAUCACAUUUAAACAAAAACUGAAGUAAUGAAUGUAAUGUUUGUCUGUCUAAGUUUGAGGUGUGGGAAUAAUUUUUUGGAAUGUGCAGAACUUGAGGGCGAUGAUGUUUUUUUCUGGAAAGUGUAACCGGUUUCAGAGACAACGCACACAUUUCCUGCUCGGGCGCAUGGCGAAGCGCACAACCUGAUGCCAACACAUUUCAGUCUGACUCUGGUACUAAAACAUACACCUGAGCCAUGGUUUGUGUGCCAUCAGAACAGUAUGCAAUAAUCUGUUUUUUUUUUUUAAAAAGGUACUGUGAAUCGAAGCACUUGAGUUUCUUAGUUAGAACGGAUUAAAACAAGGGAAUUAAAUGGAAUUAUUAAAGCAACUGUGGAUAAUCAAACAUCCUGAAACCAGCAAUGCACUAAGACUGAUCUGAAUGUUUCUUGCACCAGUCAAAGGGCUAAAAGCAGUUACCUGUUCGCACGGUUAAUAAGGAACCCUGAUGGGUCGUAUUGCUGCAUAUUUACCUCCUUCAUUUUACAUCAUUUGAUUGUAAAAUUUGGCAUCUGUUGUUGAACGAUUGCUGCUUUGUGAUGCUAUGCUGAAUCAAUAAGACGUGUAUCACUGAC